AUGUCAGCGCCCAAACCACCGGUUGCACUUAAAGACCAUUGCUCCAUCAUUCACGAUGGAGUUAUCUAUGUUUACUCGCCCGACGCCUUUCAGACUCUGGAAUUAAAAGAGGGGGCUGAAUGGAAACAAGAGCGCAAUGGAGUAUCAGUCACAGGAGCCGUUUGUGUGAAGGGUGGGUUGGAUGGCAACAAUUCCAGGCCAGCGCUCUAUGUCGUUGGUGGCUCUGCGAACCAAUCCUCUUCCGACUAUCCAGGCUUGCAACGCUUCUCAAUCGCCGAUAAAUCCUGGCAGACCAUCACUCCUGUCGUCCCCGUCACUCAAUAUCGCCAGAAUCACGGAGCCGCAUAUAUGAAUGCUUCAUCAUCGCUCGUGGUAUAUGGAGGAUCACAAGACGGUUAUACGGGUCCAUCGUCGGAGACAUUUACACUGGAGAUGUACCCGCCGUAUCGAGUGCUGGCGUACAGCUCCACGGCACCCCCCACAGUGAAGCCUUUUAUGCUCCCAUGGACUGACAAUCGUGCCUUGAUGAUCGGGGGGAGCUCUACCAACGUCAAUAUUUUCACUUUUGGCCCAACCGAUGGCUGGCAGGACCUGGGACUGUCGCUUCCCAAUCCACUUCCUAAUUACUCCGUUGCGCAGUCCGCUUUAUUCACCCUGGACGACAGCAGCAAGAUCCUGCAAACAUUUGAUUUGGGCCAGUCCCCACCGACCGUGACGACAAAUGUUCUGUUGAACCCGGGUGGACUCCCUGCAAGUUUUGGCGAGACGGUGGGAGGGAGCAACGCCACCGCAGCCCCCUCACCCGUAUCUUCUGGUUCAUCCAAAUCCAAAAGAGCAGUGUUUCUAAAUGAUUAUCCGACGUACAACGAUACUUUGGCGCCUUCGGUCACACGAACUGGAUUUGAUAUAGCACAAGGAGAUGAUGGUCUGGUGGCGUUUAUUGGAGGUAAUGAUAAGGACCCAGUCGUGUUUUUUAAUCAGUCCGACAAUGGCUGGAUCGCUGCGACUCAAUUAUUGGGAGAGCAACAGGCACCAUUGGCCACGCCGUCAAGUAGUGGGUCAGCUCCGUUCCCCAAUUCCUCGACAACCGGCACUACUCCAGCCUCGUCUGGCUCAUCAGAUAAGAGUCGGGACCUAACAGUUCUCGGGGCCGUCCUUGGCGGCAUCUGUGGUGCAGCGGCCAUCCUCAUCAUCCUCCUUCUUUGGAUGAGGACGGUUCGCCGAAAACGGGAACAAGCACAGAAACAAAUGGACAAUCCAGAUGACAAGGGAAGCGGCGAGUACAAUUAUGAGGAACGAGGCUUACAUCCUCUUUCGAAAGCGGGGCAGCCAAUGGGAAGAAGUCCGGUGCCUUCGGCGGUCAUAUCAGAAGCCGACAGCACUGCCAUGUUUGGUGGAAAACCAGAUCCGAAAUACCUGAUCCGACGGGUUUCUUUAGAUCGAGCACAACCAGGAUUCCGUGGGUCCGGUAUAGGAUUUGGACAAGCCAUGUUCAAGCGAGAAAAAGGUCGACUGAACAUUUCCAAGCCGAUGAUGCCAGUUCUCGGUGAUGACAAGGAGAGGCCCAGUAUUGAACUUGGCAAGGCUACCCCCGCUCAACCAGCGGCAGUCAAAGCGGGACCGGCAAGAAAAGCAUCCCAGCGCAAGACAGACGAAGGCUGGGGGAAGUACUUCCAAGGCGAAGCGGGUUCGGGCAACAGAACAACUUUCAUAUCUCGGAGCUCAGGCGCCACUACCAGAGGAAAAAGUGAAUUUUGGCCAGGCUCAGGAGUGCCGGAAAAUGCUCCGCGAUCCACCAGACUCGUUCUUCGAGACAGCGUUGGCAAUCCUCUGGAAGCGCAGAAUGUUGCGGCUGGAAGUCCCAGUCUGGAACAUGGACCUGCAAACCCCCAAUCGAAAGGACUUCAAGCAGCCCAAGGAAUCCCGGCGCGGAUCUCCCACGCGAGUUCGAUAACAACUACAAACUCAGAUGACGAUGAUUACGAAGAUGACCGGAUUGACGGAGCAUUUUCGAGUGGCGUCCCCGCCAGUGUGCGAGAUAUGCCAUGGACACCAGUAGGCAAUACGUGGUCCGGACCUCCUCAGCGUCCGUUGGUUCUUCCGGGCAGUUAUGUGACGGCUCAGGGACGCACUUCAACGACGGCAUCGUCGAACGAGAUGAGUGAUAACUCUGCACGGCAGGAUUCGUCGAUACCGUCGUUUCCCAUGCCCAACUCAAUUCGAUCAACACAGCCCGGCGGAGGAAGUGCUGCCAUGGGGAAUGCGGGCGCCAGUCGCGCAAUGGCUGGAGUGAGUUCGUCUGAGAACGAGGCUCGCGAUUAUUUCAGCCAUGUACGGGCACGGAGCAAGACUCCAGACAACAGUGACAUGUCGUGGCUUAACCUAGGAACGCCGACUCGGUGA